UACGUAGUGGCGUUAUGGGCGGAGCCUCAGACAGUAGGGUGACUUUUCUCCAGCUGUUACAUGAUUAGCGGCACCUGAAGCAGGAGGUAAAGCGACAGUUGCUGGCUGUGUCUCUGUCUGCCUGGCAGUGCAGUUACAUACGGAAAUGAAAGGUGCAGUGGCCAUGGAGGCCACCAGAAGACGAACCCAGCACAGUGCCAAUGGGAAAUCAUCUGAACAGACGGCACAGCCGGCUCAGUGGGGAAGAGCAUGGGAGGUGGACUGGUUUUCCCUGAUUUCCGUGCUUGGCCUCCUUUGCUUUGCCCCUUUCAUUGUCUUCUACUUUGUGAUGGCCUGUGACCAGUACCAGUGCUCCCUGAGCCAGCCUGUGUUUGAGCUGUUCAGUGGCAAGACCACGCUGCUCACCAUCUGGAACCGGACAGCAACCUUCACCUGGUCAGCUGCCAAGAUAUAUGCCAUCUGGGUGACCUUCCAGGUGUUCCUGUAUAUGUGUGUUCCUGAUGUCGUUCAUAAGUUUAUUCCUGGCUAUCUCGGUGGAGUUCAGGGCGGAGCACGAACUCCUGCUGGCCUGAUCAACAAGUAUGAGAUCAAUGGGCUGCAGUGUUGGCUCAUCACUCAUGCUCUGUGGUUUGCCAAUGCCUAUUAUUUCCACUGGUUUUCUCCCACCAUCAUCUUCGACAACUGGAUCCCCCUGAUGUGGUGUGCUAACAUCCUGGGCUAUGCUGUGUCCACCUUUGCUUUCAUAAAGGCCUACCUAUUCCCCACAAACUCUGAAGACUGCAAGUUCACUGGGAACGUCUUCUAUGACUACAUGAUGGGCAUUGAGUUCAACCCACGCAUCGGCAAGUGGUUUGACUUCAAGCUUUUCUUCAAUGGCCGACCCGGCAUUAUAGCCUGGACUCUCAUCAAUCUGUCUUACAUGGCCAAGCAGCAGGAACUGUACGGCCAUGUCACCAACUCCAUGAUCCUUGUAAACGUAUUGCAGGCCAUUUAUGUGUUGGAUUUCUUCUGGAAUGAGGCGUGGUACCUGAAGACCAUUGAUAUCUGCCAUGACCACUUUGGAUGGUAUCUGGGCUGGGGUGACUGUGUGUGGCUGCCCUACCUCUACACACUGCAGGGUCUGUACCUGGUGUACCAUCCAGUCCAGCUCUUGAACUCCCAUGCCCUGGCUGUCCUGUUGCUUGGCCUUGUUGGGUAUUACAUCUUUCGCUCCACCAACCACCAGAAGGACUUGUUCCGAAGCACUGAGGGCUCCUGCUCCAUCUGGGGCCGGAAGCCAACGUACAUCGAGUGCUCGUACCGCUCCACUGAUGGCGGCGUCCACCGCAGCAAGCUCCUGACAUCAGGUUUCUGGGGUGUGGCGCGGCACUUCAACUACACCGGUGACCUGAUGGGGUCCCUGGCCUACUGUGCUGCCUGUGGCUUCGGCCACAUGCUCCCAUACUUCUACAUCGUUUACAUGACCAUUCUGCUGGUCCAUCGCUGUGUGCGCGAUGAGCACCGCUGCAGCAGCAAGUAUGGCAAGGACUGGAAACGCUACACAGAUGCUGUGCCUUACCGCCUAAUUCCUUGGGUGUUUUAGAGAGGAGGAUAGAUACAGGAAUUAUGAAAUUGGGAUAAGGUAGCAAGAUAAAUAUGAGGUAGGUGUAGGGGUAUGUGUGUGUGUGCGUGCAUGUGUUUUAUACAUCUCAAGAAUACAACACACCAAUUUGUAUGUGUUUCUAGAGCACGUAUAGACUGCUGCGCACGUGUAUAUGCAGGCAGCUUUCAGUUUAUUGCUUUAAGUCUGUGCUGCGGUGAAGGCAGUUUGAUGCACAAGUCUGCUGCUUUCCCUAUGCUGGAACCUUUUAACAUAGCCGACACAUUUUUAAGCACAGUACAUUAUGUCUUUGACUAAACAACUUGGAACACCUCAGUUCUAUAGUGGAGUGCCGUCUAUGACUGCACAAUGCAAUGACAUUCCCAUAAUGCAGCAGUGAAUGGGUUAUCUGGUAACUUAAUUAAUUUAGCAGCUUGAUAGUCAUUUAUCAAGAAAAAUACUACUUGGUUUCUCAAUUAUGAGAAUAUGACAUUUUUCUGUUUCAUUGUAAAUUUGACACAUUGGGGUGUUUUGUCUAUUACUCUGAAAAAUAAGCAAUUUAAUGGCACUUAACCAUUUUGUGGUAGGGUCUAUUCAUUAUCUUUGGCAUAUUUGGCAUUAAAUCAGAAUUACAGAGUAAAUGUGAAUGGAAAAACUGAUACAUGUAUUAAUCGAUAUUGACUUUCAUCUGUUGUUGCUGCUGUAUUGGCUUAUUGGACCAAAUGUAAUUAUUUGCUCCAGUGAGGAGACCCACUUCCCUAAAAAGUUUUGUCCUCGUUUUAUAAAGGUUGUCCGAGAGCUCAGAUUUAUUCAGUGUCAUUUUCAAGUUUUGAAGGACUUGAGGUUGUCUAAUUUGUAAUAGCAAGGAACAGCGCUUUCUGAUGUUCAUUUAGUUUGUACAACAUUUUUAAACUUAACCAGUACAUGUUAGCAUCAUUGUAUUUGCUUUGUGUUAAAGCAACUUGUUGCCUCAGAGUUUAGCCAUGUGUAAACUCUGUGCUGAUAGAAUUAUUUUUCUAUGUAUAACCAUCACAUUUUUUGUUUGUUUUUAUUUCCUUAUACCAGGACUGCCUUUCAUAAAUUAGCAAAAUAAACAUACAAUUUUGCUCUGA